AUGUCUUCGUCGAAAGAGGCGGACCCAACCCUGGGUUACCUCACACGGAAGGACACGGAGGUGAAGCUUCCGCGUCCAACCAGGGUCAAGAACAAAACCCCUGCUCCAAUCCAAAUCACCGCCGAGCAAAUUCUCCGGGAGGCUCGGGAACGUCAAGAAGCGGAGAUCCGCCCUCCCAAGCAGAAAAUCACCGACUCCACAGAGCUCGGUGAGUACCGUCUCCGCAAGCGCAAGGAGUUCGAGGACCUUAUCCGCCGCGUUCGAUGGAACAUUGGCGUGUGGAUCAAGUACGCGCAGUGGGAGGAAUCGCAGAAGGAUUUCAAACGCGCGCGUUCCGUUUGGGAGAGAGCGCUGGAGGUGGAUUACAAGAACCACACCCUCUGGCUCAAGUACGCAGAGGUCGAGAUGAAGAACAAGUUCAUAAACCACGCACGCAACGUGUGGGACCGUGCUGUCACUCUUCUUCCGAGGGUGGAUCAAUUGUGGUAUAAGUACAUCCACAUGGAGGAAAUGCUUGGCAAUGUCGCCGGCGCGAGGCAGGUAUUUGAGAGGUGGAUGAAGUGGACGCCGGACCAGCAGGGAUGGCUGUCCUACAUAAAGUUUGAACUUAGAUACAGUGAAAUUGAGCGCGCCAGAGGGAUUUUCGAGCGGUUUGUUGACUGCCACCCUAGGGUUGGGGCUUGGAUACGCUAUGCAAAGUUUGAGAUGAAGAAUGGCGAGAUUGGGAAGGCUAGGAGCGUAUACGAGAGAGCCGUGGAUAAGCUCUCUGAUGAUGAGGAAGCAGAGCAGUUAUUUGUUGCUUUUGCUGAGUUUGAGGAAAGGUGUAAGGAGACUGAGCGUGCAAGAGCUAUCUAUAAGUUUGCUCUUGAUCAUAUUCCCAAGGGAAGGGCGGAAGAUUUGUAUAGAAAGUUUGUGGCAUUUGAGAAGCAGUAUGGAGAUAGGGAAGGUAUCGAGGAUGCCAUCGUUGGGAAGAGAAGGUUUCAGUAUGAGGAUGAAGUGAAGAAGAAUCCGUUGAAUUAUGAUUCCUGGUUUGAUUACAUAAGGUUGGAGGAAAGUGUUGGGGAUAAGGAAAGGAUCAGGGAGGUUUAUGAGAGAGCUAUAGCCAAUGUUCCCCCGGCCGAGGAGAAGCGCUACUGGCAGCGUUAUAUAUAUUUGUGGAUUAAUUAUGCACUCUAUGAAGAGCUCGAUGCUGGGGAUGCGGAGCGAACGAGGGAUGUAUAUAGGGAAUGCCUCAACCAGAUACCUCACCACAAGUUCUCGUUUGCAAAAAUAUGGCUUUUAGCAGCUCAGUUUGAAAUACGUCAGCUGAAUCUCAAGGCUGCUCGUCAGAUAUUAGGAAAUGCCAUUGGAAAGGCUCCUAAAGAUAAGAUUUUUAAGAAGUAUAUAGAGAUAGAACUGCAGCUUGGUAACAUAGACCGAUGCAGAAAACUGUAUGAAAAAUAUCUGGAGUGGUCUCCAGAAAAUUGUUAUGCUUGGAGCAAAUAUGCUGAGUUGGAGAGAUCAUUAUCUGAGACUGAACGAGCCCGAGGAAUUUUUGAGCUUGCAAUCGCCCAACCAGCACUGGACAUGCCUGAGCUGUUGUGGAAGGCAUUCAUUGACUUUGAAACUGCUGAGGGUGAAUUUGAGAGAGCAAGAGCACUUUAUGAAAGGCUUCUUUACCGAACAAAGCACUUGAAGGUAUGGAUAAGCUAUGCGGAAUUUGAGGCAACAGCUAUGGAUACCGAAAGUGUAGACUUAGCGGAACAUGAACAAAAGCAGCAAUGCAUUGAGCGUGCUAGAAGGGUGUUUGAAAAAGCUCUCAACUACUUCAGGUCAUCAGCUCCAGAUUUGAAAGAAGAAAGGGCAAUGCUAUUGGAAAAAUGGCUCAACAUGGAGACUACAUUUGGAGAGCUGGGUGAUGUUAGCUUAGUCCAGUCUAAGCUGCCCAAGAAGCUCAAGAAGAGAAGGCAUGUUGCCACUGAAGAUGGUUCUACUAGAAUUGAAGAAUUCAUCGACUUUUUGUUCCCUGAGGAAAGCCAGACAACUAAUCUCAAGAUCUUGGAAGCUGCUUACAAAUGGAAAAAGCAAAAAUUGUCUUCCGAUGAUUAA